CACAGAAAUCUUCAAAUUCAUCUCACAUCUUUCCUUUGGAGGAAAACUAAAUUCUUUUUUGCUAUAAUUUAUGCCCUUCCCUUCCUACAAAUCAAUUUCCCACUGUCUCUCCUGAGGUCGCAAGAGAUCGAGAGGGAGAGGGAGAGGGAGAGAGAGAGAUGAAUUCAUGACUUUCGAGCCGUUGACGCAGAAAUUCCAAGUCUUCGAAGAUUUUCGUCUGCUUCUUCUCUUCCGACAAGUUGUAAACCGAAAAGGAUGCCGACAAAAGCUGACAGUGGACACAGACAGCUGGAUCAUGGUACUCAAACCGUCUUUCAGUCAAACAUGCAUGUCCAACCGUGGUGGCGGGGAGUUGUGUCCAGCACUUCCACGGGCGAAACCACUUCAAAAGCAUCUCCAUCAGAUCAUUUAACUAGUUCCAUGCCUAUGCAAACAGCUGCUAAUUUGGUUGACAAAGGGGUUUAUCCCGGACAAGGAGACCAUCUGAAGUGUGUCCCUUCAACAGAUCCGGUAACAAUUGCCAAAAAUGCAGACCUUAAUUCCCAGAUGGAACUAGUUGGCCACUCAAUUGUUAUGAUGUCAUACCCAUAUUCAGAUCCUCAGUAUGGGACAAUGUUAGCAUCCUAUGGUCCACAUGGUCUGGUAUCUCCUCAGAUGUAUGGAGUCCAUCAAACUAGAAUGCCUCUGCCUCUUGAAAUGGAAGAAGAGCCUGUCUAUGUAAAUGCUAAGCAGUACCACGGCAUUCUGAGACGGAGGCAGUCCCGAGCUAGAGCCGAGCUCGAGAAGAAAGUGAUCAAAGUUAGAAAGCCGUAUCUUCAUGAAUCCCGGCACUUACAUGCCAUGAGAAGGGCGAGGGGUUCUGGCGGGCGGUUUCUUAACACAAAGAAGCUCGAAAACAACGGCACCAGUCCAAAUCCCGAGAAAGAAACAAACGCAGGGCGUGAAUGCUCAGAAACAGCAAUGCGAAUUCAUGCAGCAAAUAAAGGGGGUUUCAGCUGAACCCCCAACUAGUUAAACAGGAACAACACCUGCAGGGCAGGUGGUGUUCCCAGGCAAUUCAUUCUUGGCUGUGUGCUUAUGGUGUUUUUUUGGCUAUUUGGAAGUGAGAGAGAUGCAGAGACAAUAGAAACAUGAGAAUGUCUUCAUGUUCAUGGAUUGUCCGCAUCUACACCCUGUCUUAGUCUCACUCCACAAACUUGUAAAGAAAACACGGGUCAUACGACACGUCUGUCUUCUUCCAAGCUUCUGUAACUUUGUGAAUUUUACCCUCUUAGGUAACCUUCUGGAUCGCUUCGUGGGUGUGAAUAAAAAUGGCUCAUGCAAAAUAUGACUUUGAA